AAACUUUCCCCAAAACUCUGAGGAGGUGUCUGGAGCCGCAGUGCAGCGCCGCCGCCGCCGCCGAGCCGCUCUGAGGGAAUAACGCGCACCGGGGAGGCACACACGCACACACGCACACGCGCGCGCUUUAAACUCACCGCCUCCCAAAGGAAAGGAAAAGAAAAGAAAAACAAACCCGCUCUAUGAGGCUGCUUUUGCUGAAAGUGAUUUCUGGGAAUUUCAGUCUUUUUCUCGUUUUUUAAAAGGAUGUAUCAUUGUUGACGUUUUCAGCAGAGAUGGAUAAGAUGUCCAGGAAUAUGAGGAAUUACAGAUUUGGGGUAGUGCUCUCAGUUUUGGGACUUGUGCAGAUUUGUGGAGGACUGCGCUGCUUGGACGCACACAGACCAUGUGAAAACGGAGGAAGGUGUAUUGACUCAAAAUGCAUGUGCAAGCCUGGCUACAUCGGACCGCUGUGCCAACACGUGGACCCAUGCCACCGCUUGCCAUGCCUUAACGGAGCCGCGUGCAAAAGUCAAGUGGCGAACGAUAUCCCACAGUAUACCUGCGUGUGCCAGAGAGGCUUUCGAGGUCAGGACUGCUCUCUGAUCGAUGCCUGCGCCACGAGCCCAUGUGCCAACGGUGCCCGCUGUACCAAUUGGAACAACCAUUACAACUGUUCAUGCCCACCUGGCUACCAGGGCAGGAACUGCCGCAACGACAUCGACGAGUGCCGCAGGCAAGGAAAGUGUCUGAACGGAGGCAUCUGCGUGAACACACAUGGCUCGUUUCGUUGCGAGUGUCUCGCUGGCUACAGUGGACGCACGUGUGAGGUGCUUACUCAGCCCUGCGCGCCAUCCCAGUGCCUCAAUGGGGGAACCUGCCAUCAAACUGGGGACCACACUUACGAAUGCGCUUGCCUGCCAGGAUUCAGUGGCCUUAACUGUGAGGUGAACGUGGAUGACUGUCCUGGCCACAAGUGCAUGAAUGGUGGGAUUUGCGUGGACGGAGUCAACACUUACAACUGCCAGUGCCCACCUGAGUGGACAGGUCAGUACUGUGCUGAGGACGUAAACGAGUGCUUGAUGCAGCCAAACGCCUGCCAUAACGGUGGCACGUGCUUCAACACCAAUGGCGGCCACACGUGUGUGUGCGUGAAUGGGUGGACCGGCAACGACUGCAGUGAGAACAUCGAUGACUGCGCCACUGCCGUGUGCUUUAAUGGAGCUACAUGUCAUGACCGUGUGGCAUCUUUCUUCUGCGAGUGUCCAGUGGGAAAGACUGGUUUGCUGUGCCACCUGGACGAUGCCUGCGUCAGUAAUCCUUGUAAUGAAGGUGCAGUGUGCGACACCAACCCGCUGAACGGCCGUGCCAUCUGCACAUGCCCGGCUGGCUUCGUCGGAGGAGCCUGUAACCAGGACAUGGAUGAGUGUUCCAUCGGUGCCAAUCCAUGCGAGCACUUUGGAAAGUGUGUGAAUACAGAGGGGUCGUUCCAGUGCCAGUGUGGCCGUGGCUACACCGGCCCUCGCUGUGAGAUUGACAUCAACGAAUGCCUGUCCAUGCCUUGCCAGAAUGACGCCACCUGCCUCGACCGUAUCGGCCAGUUCUCCUGUAUCUGCAUGCCUGGUUACACUGGCACACACUGUGAGGUGGACAUAGACGAGUGCGAGAGUAAUCCGUGCGUAAAUGACGGCAUCUGCAGAGACCUGGUCAACGGUUUCACCUGCACCUGCAAGCCAGGCUUCACUGGCACCAUGUGCCAGAUCGACAUAGACGAGUGUGCCAGCACACCCUGCCAGAACGGAGCCAAGUGCAUCGACAGGCCAAAUGGCUACGAGUGCCGCUGUGCUGAAGGGUUCGAGGGCAGACUCUGCGAAAGCAACAUCGAUAACUGCCAGCCCGACCCGUGCCACCACGGUACCUGCAUUGACGGCAUCGCGAGCUACACCUGUAACUGCGUACCAGGCUACACGGGCUACCGGUGCGAGAACCAGCUCAAUGAGUGCCAUAGUAACCCCUGUCAGAACGGUGGCAAGUGCGUGGACCUUGUCAACAAAUACAUCUGCCAGUGCCAGCACGGGACCUCAGGCGUCAAUUGUGAAAUCAACUUUGAUGACUGCGCCAGCAACCCAUGUGACUACGGAAUCUGCAAGGACGGCAUAAACCGUUACGAUUGCGUGUGCAAACCUGGUUUCACUGGUCCAAAGUGUAACGUAGAGGUGAACGAGUGCUCGUCAAACCCUUGCCGUAACGGAGGCACCUGCAUGGACGAGGAGAACGGGUUCCACUGCCUGUGUCCUGCCGGUUUCCAUAAGCCGUACUGCUACUCUCAUGUGGAUGUGUGCAGCAACAGCCCGUGUGUGCACGGAACCUGCAGAGAAGAUCCCAACGGGUAUCGCUGCGAGUGUGAGCCUGGAUGGACAGGAAAGAACUGCGAUCUGGACCGUAACGACUGUCUGCCCAACCCGUGUCAGAAUGCUGGCACCUGCAUUGACCAGCUCAACGGUUUCACCUGUAAAUGUCGUCAAGGUUUCAGAGGUAAUCUGUGUCAGGAAAACAUAAACGAGUGUGCGUCCAGCCCCUGCCUGAAUCAUGGCACCUGUGUGGACGGCGUGGCAAGUUUCACCUGUCGGUGUGUAUCACCCUACAGCGGACCCACCUGCGCCCAGGAGCCGUGCUCGCCCAACCCGUGUGGCAACAAUGCUGCGUGCAUUCACUCCCUCGACUACCUGGGCUUCAAGUGCACCUGCCCGCCCGGAUGGCAAGGCCAGCUGUGUAACAUUGACGUGAAUGAGUGCAGCUCAAACCCAUGCAAGAACCGUGGCACCUGUACCAACAUGCACGGCGGAUACGUUUGCUCCUGCCGUAACGGCUACACGGGGCCUAACUGCGAAACUGACAUCAAUGACUGUCUCCCGAAUCCGUGUCUCAGUGGAGGCUCCUGCACAGACGGCAUUCACAACUUCUACUGCACCUGCCUGCCGGGCUUCACCGGGCCACGCUGCGCCAUCGAGGUGAACGAGUGCCAGAGCUCCCCCUGCAAGAACGGAGGCACUUGCACCGACUACGUCAACAGCUACACUUGCACCUGCAAACAAGGUUUCACCGGCCUCCACUGUGAGACCAACAUCCUCGACUGCACCGAGAGUUCUUGCUUUAACGGUGGAACGUGUGUAGACGAGAUCAAUGGCUUCUCCUGCACGUGCCGCUCGGGAUUCACGGGCGAGCACUGCCAGCACAAGGCGAACGAAUGCGACUCAAAACCCUGCCUCAAUGGAGGAGCCUGUCACGAUGGCGUGAAGACAUUCCACUGCUCCUGCCCCAAAGGAUACACCGGCGACCGCUGUCAGGUGCCUGUGGACUGGUGUCGGCGCUCGAACCCGUGCCAUAACGGCGGCCGGUGCAGACCCAAGGACGGCUCGUUCACCUGCGAUUGUGUGGGAAGCUGGUCCGGACGCUACUGCGACAUCCCGGGAGUUUCCUGCGAAGUGGCAGCUCUCCAGAAAGGAGUUCCGACAGAUGAUCUUUGCGACCACACUGGUCACUGUGUUAACACCGGGAACACACACUACUGCAAGUGCCCAGCUGAUUACACAGGCAGCUACUGCGAGAGUCAGGUGGACUACUGUGAGGACAAACCCUGCCUCAAUGGUGCCACCUGCAGGGGCUACGUUGGAGGAUAUACGUGUGACUGUUUGCCAGGGUACGAUGGACAGAACUGUGAGAGGGUGAUCGACGAGUGCCGCUCUUACCCGUGUCAGAACGGAGGAACCUGCAUCGACCUGGUGGGCCACUACAUCUGCUCCUGCCCUCCUGGCACACGCGGCGUCUUGUGCGAGAUCAACGAGGACGACUGUGCGAUGCCAACAUGGCCCCGGGGCACACCGAAGUGCCAGAACAAUGGCACCUGUGUUGACCUGGUGGGUGGAUACCGUUGUAACUGUCCUCCUGGGUUCACCGGAGAUCGAUGUGAGGGAGACAUCAACGAGUGCCGCUCGAACCCGUGCAACCCAGCUAACAGCCUCGACUGCAUCCAGCUGCCAAAUGAUUACCAGUGCAUCUGCAAGCCUGGCUUCACAGGUCAAGGAUGUCAGAACAGGUUCGGCGUGUGCGAUUCUCAGCCUUGUAAGAACGGCGGCGUGUGCUCAGUGUCCAGCAGCUCUCCGGUAGGAUACGUUUGCACCUGUCAGCUGGGCUACACCGGGUUGAACUGCGAACGCAGCAUGUCGUGCUUUGAGCUCUCCUGCUAUAACGGUGGUAGCUGCAAACUGACCCUGCGUGGCGCCCGGUGCUUGUGCCCACAAGGCUAUGCGGGUACACAGUGCCAGGAGCAUGCUAAGGAGAGCUGCUUGUCCAAGCCAUGUCACAAUGGCGGCACGUGCAGAGCAGAGACUUCCUUCCCCUUCUUCAGCUGCCAGUGCUUACCAGAAUGGCACGGUAAACGCUGCGAGCAGGAAGCUCGAAUCCUGGUGCCCAGCUGCCCGCUGCCUGACUGCCAUGGCAAGGCCAACGACAGCGUCUGCGACAAGGAGUGCAACUCGUUCGCAUGCAAAUGGGACGGUGGGGACUGCUCGCUAGCCGUGAACCCAUGGGCACACUGCACUGAUAGGCACUGCUGGAGCGUCUUCAACAACAGCCAGUGUGAUGAAGCGUGCAACACGGCCGAGUGUCUGUACGAUAACUUCGACUGCAGGAGCAAGGAGAAAGUCUGCAAUCCCAUCUAUGAGACGUACUGCAUGGACCACUACGCUGAUGGCCACUGCGAUCAGGGCUGUAAUACCGAAGAGUGCGGCUGGGACGGUUUGGACUGCGCUAGAACAGUUCCAGAAGAUUUGGCAGAUGGCGUGCUGGUAAUCGUGGUGCUCUUGCCACCUGACGAGCUGCUCCGCACGGGCACAGCUUUCCUGCAGAAGCUCAGCAGCAUCCUGCGCACGUCCCUCCGCUUCCGGCUCGACCACAACGGAGAGGCAAUGAUCAAGCCUUACACCAGGCGUGAGGCACGAGGCAAGCGUGAGCUCCAGCCCCAUGAUGAGGUCAUCGGUUCAAUCGUGUAUUUGGAGAUCGAUAACCGGCUGUGCUCGCAGGAUUCCGAUCACUGUUUCCCCACAGCUAAAAGUGCCGCAGAUUAUCUGGGAGCUCUUUCUGCUCGGGAAAUGCUUGGGAAGUUUCCUUAUCCACUUAAAGAAGUCCGCAGUGAGAAGAUACUUCCCAGGGAUGACAUGCCUCAGUGGGGAAAGCUGCUUCUAGUCGGCGUCGCGGUGCUCUUCCUGAUGGUCAUUAUGGUGGUGGGAAUGCUGAUUGCCCGACGCAAACGUGAACACAGCACUCUCUGGUUCCCCGAAGGCUUCUUCCUUAAGAAGGACACCAGCAGUAACAAGAACCGCAGAGAACCUGUAGGACAGGACGCUCUAGGCAUGAAGCACAUGCCAAAGACGGUGGAAGAGUCCUUACUGGGAGACCACAGUGACCAGUGGAUAGACACAGACUGUCCUGAGGCCAAGAGACUGAAGAUGGAGGAGCCGAGUAUUCUCUCAGACAGCGAGGACGCCGUGGACAGUAGGCAGUGGACGCAGCACCACCUGGCGGCCGCAGACAUCCGCAUGCCACCGUCCAUGGCCCUCACACCUCCGCAGGGUGAAUUCGAUGGCGACUGUAUGGACGUCAACGUGCGGGGACCAGAUGGCUUUACUCCACUGAUGCUGGCGUCAUUCUGCGGUGGAGGACUCGAGCAGGAAGUGGCCGAAGACGAUGACUCGGAGGAGUCUUCAGCUAACAUCAUAUCAGACCUCAUCUACCAGGGCGCAUCACUGGGUGCCCAGACGGACCGGACCGGAGAAACGGCUCUUCACUUGGCUGCUCGAUACGCUCGCGCCGAUGCUGCCAAACGCCUGCUGGACGCCGGAGCUGAUGCCAACGCGCAGGACAACACGGGUCGCACACCUCUACACGCUGCCGUGGCUGCUGAUGCUCAGGGAGUCUUCCAGAUUUUGAUCCGGACACGGGCGACAGAUUUGGAUGCACGCAUGUACGACGGCUCCACAGCUCUUAUCCUGGCUGCUCGGUUGGCAGUGGAGGGCAUGGUGGAGGAGCUCAUCACCUGCCACGCUGAUGUUAACGCUGUGGACGAACUCGGUAAAUCUGCACUGCACUGGGCUGCAGCUGUGAAUAACGUUGAAGCCACGAUCGCCUUGUUAAAGAACGGAGCCAAUAAAGACAUGCAAGACCUGAAGGAGGAGACGCCACUCUUCUUGGCUGCGAGGGAGGGCAGCUGUGAGGCAGUCAAGGUGCUGCUGGCCCACUUCGCCAACCGCGAGAUUACAGACCACAUGGACCGGCUGCCUCGUGAUAUCGCUCAGGAGCGCAUGCACCACGACAUCGUGCAGCUGUUGGACGAGUACAACACGGUGCGCAGCCCGCAGAGCCACGCCGGUGCAGGACACCACCUAGCAGGCGGCCAUGCUCUCUCGCCACUCAUGUGUCCACCGGGCAGCUUCCUGCCGAGUCUGAAGAACACACCACAGGGCAAGAAAAACCGCCGGCCAGGUGCCAAAGGAAUAGCCGGACAGCAUGGGAGCAAUCUAAAGGACGCUGCGAAGGCACGGAACAAGAAGCUGACGCUGGACAUGCAGAGUGCGCUGCUGGACAGUUCAGUGACGCUGUCGCCUGUGGACUCGCUGGACUCGCCACGCGGUGGUGCCAGUAACGCCGGCUACGUCACUAACCCAGCGUCUCCGGCUGCUAUGCCCUCUCCAGGGAUCUUCCACUCGGUGCCCAGUACUCCAAUGGUGCACAGCGGUAUGAUGGAUGCUGGUGGUCCUUUCACCGUUUCCUUAGCUGGCUUGAAUGAGCUGAGUCAAGCCACCCACACCUACACUCUCAACCCUGGCCAGAUGAGCCUGGGCAUGGGCAUGGUGAGCCCCGUGAGCGUGCCGUUCGACUGGCACAACCGUGCACCACAGACCCCACAGUGCACCCAGUCUAUGGUGAACAUGGUGCACCCAGGGACACCCGGUGCGAUGCAGCCUGCCACUGUACUCAUGCACCAGCAGCAGGUUUUCCGUAACACCCAGCAGCCCAUGUUGCAGCCGACACCAGUCUCCAGUACGCCCACCAUCAGCCCGGUCAAGCUGCCUUCCAUCGCCGAACAGCAGCAGCAGCAGCAGCUCCACACUCACGGCCUUACCAACCAGCAGGCCCUGGCGAGCCUGAGUACCUCGACGCCUCCGACCCCGCAGCCUCCUCAACCCUUCUACCAGCAAGCGCAGCAGAGUCAGGCGCAAUCCCAGAAGCCCCAGCAACCACCACCCCAAACCCCUGCAGUCUCACAGAGUCAGGCUCCUCCUCCACAGGUCUCCCAGGCUCCCCCAGUGCAGGCCAGUAGCAGCACCACCAGUGCAGGAUUGGAGGAUUACCCCACUCCGCCCUCCCAACGCAGCUACACCUCCGCCAUCGAUGCCACACCCAAGCAUUACCUUCACGUGCCCAAUGAGCACCCCUACCUUACUCCAUCCCCCGAGUCUCCAGAGCCAUGGUCUAGCCCCUCCCCUCACUGCGUUUCCGAUUGGUCUGACUCCACCCCAAGUCCGACAGUCUCUGCACCCGCCUCUUCCCACACCCAAAUUCCUCACGCUUCCGAAUCCAGUGGAAAGAUGCAGGUGUUCGCGUGAGCAGAACUUCCAGGAGUGUCUCGUUCUUUUUUUUUUUAAAUACGUCAGCCCGUUUCCAAGAUUUUAAUUGGAUGAGGAUUGACUCGGCAUUUGUUGAUUGGACAGUCUGCCAGGUGUUGUCUGCAGAGAAAAUGAGUAAAGGGAAAAUCGUGUUGUCUUAAAAAAAAAAAAAGACAAUUUAAUGAAGUAAGACGUUCUGUCACAGAUGGACUCGUGUGUGUGUUUUUUAUUAUUAAAAAGUAUAUGAAGAAGAAAAACCACGUCUUUCAUUUCAAAGACUUGGGGACGCUUUUGCUGACACUAACAAACUUUUUAAAAAGUAGAUUAAGAGAAAAGUUGAAGGAAAAUCCUUUCUUUCUUUCUUUGUUUUUUUUGUUUAUUUGUUUUUUUAUUUAUUGUCUCGACGCAUUCCUCUAAACCUGCCUGGUGGUCGUCGUCUCGCUCUGUCUGUCUCCACUUCUCAGCGCUGUUACACUCCUUGUUUGUGCGUGUGAUUGUUACAACAACUUGGAACAGGCUUGUGAUUGAUUUCUUUCAUCUUUUCGCCCAUAUAUUUUGAGUUACAGACAGAAAGAGCUGGACACAUCACUUCUUUUACGUGGUAUUAUUUAUUUAGGCCAGUGUUACUCCGCUAAAUUGGUGUCACAGAUUUUCCUAGCCAUGUUGAAAUUGUUUAAGUUAGUGAUGUGUUUUAAUUUGAUGAACCGACCUACAGUGAACCAAUACAUUCCGUAGGAGUACUCUCUCUCUCUCUCUCUGUGUCCAUCUGUCUGUCUGUCUCGCUCUCGCUGUCCAUCUGUCUGUCUCCCUCUGUCUGUCCCUGUCCCCCCUCUCUCUCUGUGUCUCUCCUCAUCUGUCUCUCUUGCUCUCCCUCUCUCUCCCUCUGUCUGUCUGUCCCUGUCCCCCUAUCUCUCUCUCUCUCUGUCCAUCUGUCUCCCUCUCUGUCCAUCUAUCUGUGGGUCUCUCUCUUUGUCUGUCUCUCUCUCUCUCUCUGUCCAUCUCUCUCUCUCUCUCUCUGUCCAUCUGUCUCCCUCUCUGUCCAUCUAUCUGUGGGUAUCUCUCUUCGUCUGUCUCUCUCUCUCUCUCUGUCCAUCUGUCUGUCUCCCUCUGUCUGUCCCUGUCCCCCCUCUCUCUCUGUGUCUGUCUCCUCAUCUGUCUCUCUUGCUCUCCCUCUCUCUGUCUGUCUGUCCCUGUCCCCCUAUCUCUCCCUCUCUCUCUGUCCAUCUGUCUCCCUCUCUGUCCAUCUAUCUGUGGGUCUCUCUCUUCGUCUGUCUCUCUCUCUGUCCAUCUCUCUCUCUCUGUCCAUCUGUCUGUCUGUCUGUCUCUCUCUCUCUGUCCCGGUCCUUCUCUCUCUCUCUCUCUCGCUGUCCAUCUGUCUCGCUCUGUCCCUGUCCCCCGUCCGUCUCUCUCUCUCACGCCCUCUCUUUCUGUCUGUCUAUCUAUCUAUGUGGGGCAAUAAUGUCGAAAGGCAUUUCUGAAGCACUUCUAAGGCCGAGCGUGUAAGAUUUAAAUUGAUAGCUGCUGUUGGGGAAUUUUAUCGCUUAUAGUAAAACACACCAGCGUCCAAGUGUUCAUUUUGAUAGAACCGAGCCCACAAAGGGCCCACUUCUCAUUCCCUUCCUUUAGCUUUCGUUCCGAAGUCACUUAUAAACUCACUGGCUGCCCUUUUAGUCUGUCUGGGUUUUUUUUUUUUGUUUCUUUGGGGUUGUAUAAAUUUUAUUUGAUGUUUUUAAUGUUGUUUAUUCUGUACGUUAUAUAACCUUGGUUACCUUUGGGACAUCAUGAUGACAUGAUAAGCUGUGUUUUUAUAGGCUGCUGCUUCCUGUCGCUUCACAGCGACACCUCUAUAUCACUGCCAACCAGAGCCCUUCAUCAUUUCCCAUAAUUCCAGUUUCUCAACUCAACCAGAAGACUUUUCUCAGUUAUCUUCUGACCCCUGGUACUUUUUUUCUUUUCUACAUUUUGUCGUCCCCCCCCGUUGGCUCAUUUUUAUAUGGUACGGUCCGAUCAUAUUCAAGGCCAACUUGCCGAGUUAGUCAUCUGAACUGUGCUUGUGCGUACGAGGGGUGUGCGAAGGUCCGAAGAGGUGGCUUGUGGGCUGCUAGCGCUCUGUCACUCCUCAGGGAGGUGUUAUAUAGCAUGCAGUGUAGUCUGCAUCUCUAGCAGCCUCCACCCAACCGGCCUGGAGGAUGGCGUCUGUCCUGCGCGGCCUGAACGCGCCAGUGGAAUGAACGCUGCUAUGUAGCGCUGCCCCCUGCCGUCAGCUGCAGGUACAGGCGCUCAUUUCUCUGGAAAAUCCCAUCCCAAGUGUAAAAUCUAUUUCUGUUCCCACAGCGUAUGGCUGGAGUAGUUCAGAUUCGAUGUUUGUCCACGUUUUCGAAGCCAAAUCCGGAUGCCUGUUUUUGUAAAAUAUUUCAGAAGAAAUAUUUGCAUUCGUCCUUCCAUUUCAAAGCAGGAUUCACUUCAACACACACUGAGUGAGUGAAUGGUGUGUUCAGUGUGUUUGUGGGUUUGGGAAUAUAUUUGUUAAAUCUAUUGGGACCUCAGUUUUUUUUGUUUUGUUUCUUUUUGUUUUAAAAAAGUGCUAAUCUUUUAAAUCCUCUUUUUUUUUUAAUGCAAUAGGUUUCAGUCUUCCUCAGCGCUCUGGACAUUUUGAAAUUCCAGCAUUUUCUUUUGUACAUACGGUUGUCUCGUUUAGAUUUAUUUGUGUAAGAGAAGUCUAAUGUUUCUAAAAAAAAAUGAAAUGAUUAUGUACUAAAAAAAAAGACAAAAAGUAAAUGUACCUUCUAUUAGCGUUUUUUUUUCUUUUCUUUUUUUUUUCUUUUGAAACCGAGGAUGUGACUGAUUAUAUAUUGGUCUCGCAUUACUAGAACAGCCAUAGAUAUUUUUCUGUGUUUAUUAUUAAUUCCUAUACUUGUUUAAAAGUAGUUUAAAAAUCAUUGUAUAUAAAAACUUUUUCACAUUGUUUCUUUUUACAGGCAUAAAGUUGUAAAAUAAGUUACUUCUAAUAAAACAGUAGAACUACA